GGAGAGAGUAUGGGCAUCAGGAAGGAGUGGUUAUGCAGUCCAAGGGGUGUGCUUAUGCAGGGGCUGCUGGGAAAGUGGAAGAGAAGAAGGGAAAGUCUUUGCCUGCCUGAUCCCCUGCCAUUUGCUGUCCUGUACAAGGGUGAGUCUCUUGGCAACAGAAGCAGCAAUGGAGUCCCUCCUGCAGAGCGGCUACUUCCACCCGGUGCUCCGGUCCUGGCAGGCCUCUGCCUCUGCCUUCCAGGCCUCCAACCUCAUCUACCCGGUCUUUGUCACGGACAACCCGGAUGCGGUGGAGCCCAUCGCCAGCCUCCCUGGCCAGGCCCGGCAUGGGGUCAACCGUCUGGAGGAGCUUCUGCGCCCCUUGGUGGCCGACGGGCUGAAGUGCAUCCUGAUGUUUGGGGUCCCCAGCAAAGCCAUCAAGGAUGAGUGCGGCUCUGCAGCCGACGGCGAAGAGACCCCCGUGAUCCAGGCCAUACAAAGGGUCCGCUCCUUGUUCCCUGAGCUGCUCAUCGCCUGCGACGUCUGCCUGUGCCCCUACACCUCCCACGGCCACUGCGGGAUCCUGCGGACCGACGGCACCCUUCAGAACGAGGCCAGUUGCCACAGGUUGGCGGAGGUGGCCCUGGCUUACGCCAAGGCAGGGUGCCACAUUGUGGCUCCUUCGGACAUGAUGGACGGGCGCAUCCGGGCCAUCAAGGAGGCCUUAAUCUCCAAUGACCUGGGCAACAAGGUUUCGAUCAUGAGCUACAGUGCCAAGUUUGCCUCCUGCUUCUACGGCCCUUUCCGGGACGCAGCCUUGUCCAAGCCUGCUUUUGGAGACCGGCGGUGUUACCAGCUUCCCCCAGGAUCCCGAGGACUGGCUCUGCGGGCAGCGGAUCGGGAUGUGAAGGAGGGAGCCGACCUGCUGAUGGUCAAGCCUGGCAUGCCCUACCUGGACCUGGUGCGGGAGGUCAAGGACAGACACCCCAACCACCCGCUGGCCAUCUACCACGUCUCCGGGGAGUUUGCCAUGCUGUGGCACGGGGCGCAGGCUGGGGCCUUUGACCUAAAGGCUGUGGUGAUGGAAGCCUUGGCUGGGUUUAGGCGAGCAGGGGCCGAUGUAAUCAUCACAUACUUCGUGCCGCAACUUCUGCAAUGGAUGAAGGAGGACCGGGCCUGAGCCACGCUGCAUCCGUCUGUCCGCCUUUCACCCAGGAACAGCAAGAAGGCCAACAGGGCGUUCUCCAGAUGGAGACACAGAGACGCCCUCUUCCUGGCGGACUCCUGAGCUGACCGGUUGCCCUAGGCAUUGCUGUCACGGAGGGGCACCUCUUCAGGGGGUGCCCCUUGAUCUCAGUCAUACACUUGCUCUUUUUCUGACAGUGCCAUGGUGCGCACCCCAAAAGGGGCUUCACCUCCGAAAAGUGAUAGGUAAACAUUGAAUUAAAUUUCCCCCGCUCUAUUUUUAUGCUGGAAGAAUUGAACUAUUUUCAUACAUUGAGGGAUAUAAUAAAAAGACCUGAGAGGGGAGGAAAGAA